AUGAUAACUGAUGCCUUUGUUAAUGCUCUUCGCGCCUUCAUUGCCCUCCAUGGAAACGUUCGACAACUUCAGUCUGAUCAUGGCACUAACUUUGUAGGUGCAAGAUUGCUGUGGAUGACUGUGUUCAGCCCUGCAGGAUGUAAAGCAAAGCCAGAUAGCUGCAGGCAGUGGACUCAACCUCAGAUACCUGGGCUUUUUAUGAAUGGAGAUUUUGUGAUUGGGGGUGUUUUCUCUAUUCACUACUACAUCAGAUUAGAGCAGAACACCUACACCAGGCUGCCACCACAGCCACAGUGCUCUGGGAGCAUGGACUUCAGGGAGCUGCGCAUCGCCCGUGCUAUGGAGUUCGCCAUCCACGAGAUCAACAACAGAACGGAUCUCCUGCCGGGUAUUACUUUGGGCUACCAGAUACACGACUCGUGCGAAUCCGUAGCGAUGGCGAUCAAAUUUGCACUUCAGUUUGCGAACGGCUUGGACCUGGUUUUCAAUUACACUAAUUUCUGUUCAAGAUAUGCAGCACCCACUGUACCUGCUUUCGUAGGAGAUUCUGUUACCACCCCGUCAAUUAGCAUGGCGAGAACUCUCGGUCUUUUUGGAAUUCCACAGGUGAGUCAUUUCGCAACGUGCGCUUGUCUGAGCGAUAAGAGGGAGUUUCCUACCUUCUUUAGAACCAUACCUAGUGACGCACACCAAGCGGUUGCACUGGCGAGAAUGGUGAAGUAUUUCGGCUGGACAUGGAUUGGAGCAGUGCGCAGCGACACGGAAUAUGGAAAUUACGGAAUGGCAGCGUUCCUAAAGGCUGCGCAGGAGGAGGGGAUCUGUGUGGAGUACUCCGAGUUCUACUACAGGACACAACCGCGAAAGAAACUGGAGCGAGUGGCAAAUGUCAUCCGCAGAUCUUCAGCCCGUGUAAUAGUAGCGUUUGUUCACUCAAGCGACCUACAAUUUCUUUUGGAUGAUCUGACACAGGAACCACCGACUUCGCUUCUGUGGAUAGGCACCUCGUGGAUCAUAAAUCCAGAAUUUUUGCGGUUUAACAUAUGCGCGGGUGCAUUAGGUUUUGGGGUCCCCCGGUCAGUUAUCCCAGGUUUUCGUGAGUUUCUUCUGGACCUCUCUCCAGCACAAGCCUUGAAAUCGCCCCUGUUAGCAGAAUUUUGGGAGAGCUCGUUCAGCUGUAGUCUAAAAGGGCGGACAGGCUCCUCAGAGUUCCUGCGGGACUGUGACGGCAGUGAGGAUAUCCGCGCGCUGCAGAACCCAUACACAGACACGUCUCAGCUGCGCAUUUCUAACUUGGCGUAUAAAGCUACAUAUGCCAUAGCGCAUGCACUCCACAGUGUUAUCUGUAAUGAAACUCAUUGCGACAAGUCCAUUAAAUUCUCACCAUGGCAGAUACGUGACGAGCUCAAGAGAGUGAACUUCACCACAAAGAAUGGUUAUCAGGUCAGCUUUGAUUCCAAUGGAGAUCCUGUGGCUGUCUAUGAACUCAUAAAUUGGCAGUUUCAGAAAGAUGGCACUUUAAAUAUGGUAACAGUGGGUGACUAUGAUGCAUCCAAACUGAGAGGACAGGAGUUCAGAAUGAGCAGUGCUAUCCGCUGGGUGGGAGGACAGACAGAGAUGACAGUGUCUGUGUGCAGUGAGAGCUGCCCUCCAGGCACCAGGAAGGCUGUGCAGAAAGGAAGGCCUGUCUGCUGCUAUGACUGUGUACCAUGUGCAGAGGGAGAGAUCAGUAACAAGACAGACUCUUUGGAUUGUGUGCACUGCCCUAAUGAGUUCUGGCCAAACUCCAAACAAGACAGCUGCCUCCCCAAGCCUGUUGAGUUCCUGUCAUGGGAUGACACUCUAGCCAUCAUUCUGACAGGGUUCUCAAUCACUGGAGCCUUCAUGGCUGUGUGUAUAGCUGUUGUCUUCUACAAACACAGGGCGUCUCCCAUUGUCCGAGCCAACAACUCAGAGCUGAGCUUCCUGCUGCUCUUCUCUCUGACUCUGUGUUUCCUCUGUUCACUUACUUUCAUUGGUCGGCCCUCUGAGUGGUCCUGUAUGCUGCGCCACACAGCAUUUGGGAUCACCUUCGUCCUCUGCAUCUCCUGUGUUCUGGGGAAAACAAUAGUGGUGUUAAUGGCCUUCAGGGCUACACUUCCAGGCAGUAAUGUCAUGAAAUGGUUUGGGCCUCCACAGCAGAGACUCAGUGUUCUUUCCUUUACUCUCAUACAGGUUAUUAUAUGUCUGGUUUGGUUAAAAAUAUCACCUCCAUUUCCCUUCAAAAAUCUAAAGCACUACAAAGAACAGAUAAUCUUGGAAUGUGACUUAGGUUCAGCUAUAGGUUUCUGGGCUGUACUGGGUUACAUAGGAUUCCUGGCUCUUUUAUGUUUUAUAUUGGCCUUUCUAGCACGGAAGCUGCCUGAUAAAUUUAAUGAAGCCAAAUUCAUCACAUUCAGCAUGCUCAUAUUCUGUGCAGUUUGGAUUACCUUUAUCCCAGCUUAUGUCAGCUCUCCAGGAAAGUUCACAGUAGCUGUGGAGAUAUUUGCCAUUUUGGCUUCAAGCUUUGGUUUAAUUGUUUGUAUUUUUGCUCCCAAAUGUUUCAUAAUUGUGUUUAGGCCAGAGCAGAAUACCAAGAAACACCUUAUGAGUAAAGUACCUUCUAAAGCUUUUUAA